AUGGCAAUGCAAUAUCACAACUACAACAGCAGCACGCGCUACGAGAUGGUCGUCGAGAUCGCCAAUAUAGCACUGGAUGAGUUUAAGACCCAUCAUCUCAGUCGCAACUAUACGGGCCUGGUGCAGCGCUACUACCAGCUGGUCGAGGAGGAUUACGGCGAUCCUCGUGCAGAACGCUUCCCGCUCAUGGAGCAUCCCCUGUUCACAUUCGGUCUGGUUGCCAUUUAUCUGUCCUGGGUGCUGGUGCUGGGGCCGCUGUUCAUGCGAGACCGCAAACCCUUCCAGCUGCGCCGCACCCUCGUCGUAUACAAUGCCUUCCAGGUGCUGCUCAGCGGCUAUAUGUUCUAUGAGCACCUGAUGGCUGGCUGGCUGAACUAUUAUAAUUUAAAGUGCCAACCGGUUGACUAUUCAGAUGGACCCAUGUCCAAGCGGAUGCUCAAUCUGUGCUACAUCUACUAUCUGUCCAAGCUGACCGAGUUCGCCGACACCGUGUUCUUUGUGCUGCGCAAGAAAUCAUCGCAAAUCACCUGGCUGCACGUCUAUCAUCAUUCGGUCACACCACUGGAGACCUGGGUGCUGGUCAAGUUCCUGGCAGGCGGCAAUGCGACAUUCCCCAAUCUGUUGAACAACUUUGUGCAUGUGUGCAUGUACUUCUACUACAUGAUGUCCGCCAUGGGACCGGAGUACGCCAAAUUCCUCUGGUGGAAGAAAUAUAUGACUGAGCUGCAAAUCGCGCAGUUUGUGCUUUGCAUUGUGCAUACGACGCGCGCACUCUUCAGCAGCCAGUGCCAGUUCUCGAAGUUCAUAUCGACGCUGCUGCUGAUCAAUGCAUCCAUAUUCUUCUGCCUCUUCAUGAACUUCUAUAUGCAGAGCUACAGGAAGACCAAAGCACAGCAGCUGGAGCAGCAGCAGAAGCAGCAGCAGCAGCAGCAACUGACGGCGUUAGCUGACGGCAACAACAACAACAGCAACGAACUGCCAAAGGAUAAGCAGCAGCUGCAGCAGGAGGAGCAAAUCCUGGCGCACAAACUGAAGGCGCUGUAAGAGCCAAGGAUGCUGCACAGAUCUGCAAAAUGCAAUACAAAUUGGUGUUGGUUCAACAAGCUGGCAAAAAAGAACAAAAAAAAAAGGAUAUCAAAAUUUAGAUUUGGAGUUAGUUUUCGGUACAAAGGUUUAAUUUUAAUUCGAAUGGGGAGCCAUAAAAAUGUUUAGCUAGAACAGCACAGAAAUGCCUAAGGAACACGAAUAGAAGCCUAACAAAUUCAGCCAGAAUUUAAGCCAGGGCUUAUGCAAUACAUAAACAUAAAGAUAAAGAU